AUGGUGGUGAUGGUGGGGGGCCGGUUACCACCAGGAGGAAGGCAGGAAACUGACAUAUUUCAUGUCGUGUUGUGCGUCACUUCUGUGAGGACUCAUAAAUCCACGUCUCUCUGUGUUGGCUACUUAAAUCCUUUCUUAUGUCUUCCUAUCACCCACUCCAGGGAAGUGUCCCUCCAGCUCUCAGCACAAGGUGAAGAUUCCAGGUUGACUCCAGUGGCCCCGGGGAGUGCCUCCCUCCUGCAGGUGCUGCUGGAGAUGCUUGGUGCCGAGAGAGGGGAUGGUCUUAGGAACGCAGAUCCCAGCAUCAACAUUUUUAACCCAAGAGGAAAUCUGAGGAAGUUUCAGGAUUUUUCUGGACAAGACCCUGCUAUUGUAUUGAGUCAUCUUUUGGCCAGAUCCAGGAAAGAAUACAAGAAACGAGGGACUCCUUCUGAAUGCUUCUGGAAAUACUGUGUCUAACGUGAAAUCAAAGUCAAUUAGUUAACUCAAAUACCUACACCUUAGAAAAUUAAAAAUAAAAAUGCUUGGUUUGAAAGAAUGAAAAACUAGGCAAACUAUACCCUGUUCCUUAUUAUUUGAAAAAUAAAUCCUCUAUGUUUUGCAAAUACCAUGAGUGACUAUUUUUCCUAUAAAUUAUCCUGAAAGCUAA